AUGGCCUCAUAUGAGGCCAUUUGUCACCUAGACACUAGGUACUGUACAAGCAACUUACCACUGCACUAUUGGGCGACUCCGAAAAACAUAAAUUGUGUACACACAAAUUUCCUUGUGUAUGUGUGUCGUAUUUUGUGCCUUGGCACGGAAAUGCAUGUGAACAAAAAUUUGUGUAAGACACAUUUAAUGCCAAUUCACCCUCAGUGA